AUGUGGAGACUAUUUACUAUUAUUGUCCUAUUCUCAGCUUUGAGUUUCUCCCAAGGUCAACGGGAGAACUACCCGGGAUAUCUACCGCCUAGAGAUGUUCCAAGGUUUAGCCAACGACCCUGUGGUCCCAGUGUCUGUGCCAAGAGCGGUCUCUGUUAUCGCAGCUUCGACAGCGUUUGCGAUCUAAACGAUUAUAAUGUAAAGAUGAUAUUUAGUGGCCAAGAAGAAUUCUAUUUGACGGACCUCAUCUAUUGCCAAGAACCCCCACCGCGUCCGAAGAUUGUAGAUGUGGGCUACUUUUAUAAUCAUCGGAGCUUAUUGGUUGGCCAAUCGCCUCCCUCGCCUUAUGCAUUGCCCCUUCCCAGGCCCCGAAAUCCUUAUAACCCAGAGUAUAUCGGACGUUACAAGCCAGAUUCUCACGGACAAGUAGUGGAUUAUGUUCUUCCCUAUCCGGUAUGGACUUUUAAGCCACCUCAAGCACCACCAAGAAGGCCUCCUGUUAGUUAUAGGCCUCCCUAUUGGUACUAUCCUACCCCGCGGCCCAAACCAACUAGGCGACCUUGUUAUGAGACGACAAAAAGCACCACCACAGCUCCUACAUCAACAAAAACACCAGAAUCUUCAACGACCACAACCACAGUUAAGCCAUCUACAACGACCACAACAACAACAACUGAAGCGUCUACCACAACAACAAGCACUGAAGCUUCCACAACGACAACCACCGAAAGAACAACGUCAACUACAGAAGCAACCACUACAAUAUUAACUACAACUCCUGAAGCAACGACGACAACUACUAAACCAACAACAACUCCUGAACCAACAACCACUGAAUCUACAACAACGACUCGGCCAACAACGACAACAGAAUCCCCAACAACCACAGACCCAUCAACAACAACAACCGUAGACCCUUCCACAACGACGUCAUCAGAUCCCAUCACGACAACAACAUCAGAAUCUUCCACAACAGCAGAUCCCGUAACAACAACAACCACAGAGCUGGCUACAACGACAACAACGGAGUCAUCAACAACUACACAAUCAUUCACUACGACCACAUCACCAGAUACUACGACGACAACAACAGAAUCUUCCACUACAGCGGAUCCUGUGACAACAACGACCACAGAGUCCACUACAACGACAAUAACAACAGACCCAUCGACAACUACAGAAUCUCCGCAAACAACAACAACUAAUACUUCCACAACAGCACCUUCAGAUCCUUCUACAACAAAAGCCACAGAUUCUUCUACGUCGACAGCUACAGAUCCCAUAACGACCACUACUGCAGAAUCUUCCACAACAACAUCUGCUGAUCCCUCAACAUCAACAACCAAAGAGUCUUCGACAACAACAACCACAGAGUCUUCUACAACAACAACCAUAGAGUCUUCGACAUCAACAACCACAGUGUCUUCUACUACGACAACUGAAGCUUCCACGACGACGACAACAGAUCCUACCACAACAACAACCACAGAUUCUUCUACAACGACAACAACAGAACCGACAACGACAACUACUACAGAUCCAGCGACGACGACAACAACAGAGGCUUCUACUACAACAACCACUGAAGCUUCUACAACCACUACUGCCACAGCUACCAAUCCCUUAACUAUUGAGGUUCGAAACGCAGACGGCCGGCUAGUAGACUUCGAUAUGGCUGCCUUGAAUGUGAAUCCAGAAACGGGAGAGCCAGACUGCACGGAGGUGACCAAUGUCCUGAUAACCACAGGAUCAAGGAUUGUCUUCCAGUUCAGCGGCUGCAUUGUGGCAAGGACUUCCAGCAGUUCUACUACUGAAGCAACCACCACAACAACCUCAACCUCUACGACAGCUCCAACAACAACCCAGGAACCCCCAUACUAUCACUGGUACGGUGGUUCAGCAGCCUACGCCCAAUCUCAUGUCAUAUAUACCUACUAGUUGGCCAUCAUUAUUUAGGAUCUAAUAAAGAAAAUCUGAUGCUUUUAGAGACCCAAACUUGGCUUGA